AUGUACUCUUUUAUAUCUUAUCCUAGUUCUACCGUUUCAACUGUUCCAACUUCCCAUAUCUCAUUUAAUUCUACCGUUUCAACUGUCGCAACUUCCCAUAUGCAGUCUCCACUUCGGUUAAAAGAUCGCCUUAAUCAAGCCAGGGACCGUUUACUUGCAUACCAAGAAAAAAAAAUAGAAAUGAGCGAGGAUAUCAUUAUCGCUGAAAAUGUAUCACUCGAAGCCUACAUCAAGUAUCUCGAAGCUGAACGAAAGCUCCCUGUUAGAAUUCGUUUGGUCGAUGGAAGAAUUAAUGGUACAAGGGCAAUGCUUGCACUGCGCUAUCUACGUACAAAUCGAAAUAAUACAAUACCAGAUAUCAUUAUAUCUUUUGGCACGGCGCCUCUCCGUAAUAAUACAAUAGAAUUUCUUACGAAUAUUGUGGGUGUUCCACCUGCUAACAUUACUGGCUUCGGCUUCGGCUUCGGCUUUGAGUUUUCAGCAACCUCUUGCAAUUUCGACGGUAUUCCGGACUAUCAAUUGCAUAUUCCUGCCAUUGAACUUUUCAAUGGUGCCUUUGGUUGCGUUCCUACUAGUGCAGUUAAUGGUUUUCUUUUGGAUUUAUGGGAAUUACAAGAUUUAAUAUUGAGUGAUUUUUAG